GCCGUCUCCGCGUCCCCAGCGGCCGCCGUAGCCGGAACUGUGUUGAGAGCGGCGGGCCGGGCCUCCAAGGAGGAGCGGCGACAGCACGGGCGUCCGCAGUCCCGCAAGCCGCGCGCCGGCCUGCGGAGCGGACGUGCCGGGUGAACGCCGCUCGGUGACCGCGUCUCACUAGCAAACAGCAGCUCUGCGCGUGCAGCCGGCACUGCCCGACCCGGCCGGUUCUGCCGGCGCCCUCGGAGGCCCGGGUACCCGGGGAGCCAGGCAGCCGCGAAGCGUGGAUGAAAAAGGUGACGGCAGGCUGGCUGGUGGACGCACGGAUGACAGUGAAGUUGGGGGACGCCGGCAGCGGGCAGGAAGGGCUCAAGAAGCUGGGCAAGAGAUCAGCCGAUGAAGAGUCCCUGGAAGGAGAGGGGGCUGGCGGCGCAGACGCUGCCGAGGACGGCAGCGGCACAAAGAGGGACGAACCGACCUCCCGGGCCGACGGCGCCCCCGCGCCCCCGGGAGGGCCACAGGCGCCAUCCCCACCGCAAGGCAGCCCCCAGGACCAACACCACUUUCUCCGGUCCAGUGUGCGGCCACAGAGCAAGAGGCCCAGAAAGGACGCGCCCUGUGUGGUGAGCAGCGCUGGCCCCAGCAGCUCUGGACCCAGAGUGAAAGGAACUGACGGUGGUGGGACAUCAUCUGGAAAUGUAUCUGGAGUUGCCCCUGCAGGGGGCUCACGCUCUUCCUCCCGGAACAUCGGGUCUUCGGGGACUGAGAAGGAAGAAGGCAAAAAGGUCCGGCGGCAAUGGGAGUCAUGGAGCACGGAGGACAAAAACACUUUCUUUGAGGGACUGUAUGAGCAUGGGAAAGACUUCGAAGCAAUUCAGAACAACAUUGCUCUGAAGUACAAGAAGAAGGGCAAGCCUGCAAGUAUGGUGAAGAACAAAGAGCAGGUCCGGCACUUCUACUACCGCACCUGGCACAAGAUCACCAAGUAUAUUGACUUUGACAAUGUGUUCUCACGAGGGCUGAAGAAGUCAUCCCAGGAGCUAUAUGGCCUCAUCUGCUAUGGUGAACUGCGCAAGAAGAUUGGGGGCUGUAUGGAUGACAAGAAUGCAACGAAAUUGAACGAGCUCAUUCAGGUUGGGGCUACCACAGUACGUUACAAAGGGAGAAACCUGCGGAUCAAAGCACCCAUGUGCCGGGCCCUGAAGAAGCUUUGUGAUCCCGAUGGCCUGAGUGAUGAAGAGGACCAGAAGCCAGUGCGCCUGCCCUUGAAAGUCCCUGUAGAGCUACAGCCACGAAACAACCAUGCCUGGGCCCGAGUGCAGAGCCUUGCCCAGAACCCACGCCUCAGGAUGAUUGUGGAGCUGCAUAGAAAGGUUUCCAGCCUCAUCGAAUUCUUGAAGCAGAAGUGGGCACUCCAUGAAGUGCGAAUUCGGAAGACCCUUGAAGAGGGGCAGCUGCAGGGCAUGAACCCUGCACAGAUACAAGAGAAGGUUACACUGCACCUAUUCCCAGGCGAAAACUGCACACUGACUCCACUGCCUGGUGUGGCUCGUGUCGUGCACUCCAAGGCCUUCUGCACAGUGCACUGGCAGGAGGGUGGCCGCUGCAAGCAGAGUGCCAAGGACACCCAUUCGCUGCCCCCAGCCCAAAUCCUGGGUAUCCAGAGUGGGCAAGGCACAGCUCGGGGCCAGGUGAAGUGCCCAAGGGGCAGCACUGAGAGCAAGGGUGGGGGACGGCCCCCUCCUACGAUUGAUACUUCACAGAGCUCUGGAGAGAGUUCCCCUGAGAGUGCCCCUGGGGAGGGGGCCAUCCCUAGUCUGAGCAGCCCAGAUGCUCCUGACAGGCCUCUCCCAGGACACCAGGACUCCCUGCUGCAUCUUGAGAAGACCUCUGCAGUGCUUCCUACAGAGGGUGGGGAUGGUCCUGCUCGGGAACCAGGAUCCCUCCCUUGUAUCUGCAGCCAGCUUCCAGACCUAGAGGACGAGCUGUCACUCCUUGAUCCCUUGCCCCGUUACCUGAAGUCCUGUCAGGACCUUAUCGUCCCUGAGCAGUGCCGUUGUGUGGAUGCUCAGCCCAGGGGUGAGCAGCCUCCUCUGGGCAGGGCUUCCUCCCCAGAGACUCUUGCCCCCAGUAGCAGGGAAGCUGCCAACCUUGCCAUCUCUGGCCUGGAUCCUCAUUUUGGCCCUGGCCCUGGACUCCUGCUGGAUGUUUGCACUAAAGAGCCAGCAGACACACCUACAGAGGAGCUUCCAGAGAAAGGGAGCCCCUCAGAGCCUCUGCUGCCUCAGGGACAGUCUACUUCCAGGCCGCCAAAGGAAGUUCCUGCCAGCCGAUUGGCCCAGCAGCUACGUGAGGAGGGCUGGAGCCUGCAGACCUCUGAAAGCCUUACGUUGGCCGAAGUCUACCUCAUGAUGGGCAAGCCAAGCAAGCUACAGCUGGAAUAUGACUGGCUGGCUGUGUUGGGUCCUGAUGGCCAGACCCCUGGCGGGCAAGGCCAGGCCACCCGCCCUGGCUCCCCACCCACCACUCUUCAUGAGCAGCGCUUGCUGAGCUGCCUCCUGAAGCUCAUCUCAACAGAAGUGAACCCCAAGCUGGCUCCAGAAACAAAUGCCUCUGGGAGGCCUGCUCAGGAGGAACAGUCAGCAACUCCCCCAGGGAAGGUGGUGACCAUCAGCUCCCGGAGCCCUCGCUGUCCUCGAAACCAAUCUGCCCUUCGCAGCAGCAAGACCUUCCCACCUAGCUCUACAUCUUGCACUCCAGGUUUGAGAAACCCCCCACGGCUCUUGGUGGCUGGUCCCUCCAGCACAGGAAACAGUGACUCAGAUGGUGGCCUCUUUGCUGUCCCUACAACUUUGCCUCCAAACAGCCGACAUGGAAAGCUCUUCUCACCCAGUAAAGAAGCUGAGCUGACUUUCCGGCAGCAUCUAAACUCAAUUAGUAUGCAGUCAGACUUCUUCUUGCCAAAGCCCAGGAAACUGCGGAACCGGCAUCUGCGGAAGCCAUUGGUGGUCCAGAGAACACUGCUCCCUAGACCAUCUGAAAACCAGUCCCACAAUGUGUGUUCCUUCUCCAUCCUGUCUAACUCUCCUAUAGCUGGGAGAGGCUCAUUCCGGCCCAUCCAGUCUUCUCUGACCAAAGCAGCCCUGUCUCGGCCGAUUGUGCCCAAGGUCCUUCCACCCCAAGCCACAAGUCACCUUGCCAGUGCAAUUGACCUAGCUGCUCAAAGUGCUGGCAUUAUCCCUGGAAGCCCCUUACCAGUCUUGGAGACAGAGGGUUUAUCUGGCAUCUCUCCACUGUCCUCAGAUGAGGUGACAGCUACUGUCUCAAGUCAAGACUCCACUGUACCCCAUGAGAAUGGAGACCCUGUCCCCACCAUGGGGGGUACAAACGACCCAUUCAUCAACAUCCCCCCAAGGCCGGAGCAGGAGCCAGUGGCAGACAGUUUCCAGGGUUCAUCUGUUCUCUCUUUGUCUGAGCUGCCCAAAACUCCUCUCCAGAAUGGUCUCUGCACACCUUUAUCCUCAUCAGAGGGCUCCAGCACCCGGCUCUCCCCACCUAAUGUUUCUGCACUGCUGGACAUCUCUCUGCCUGGCCCACCUGAAGAUGUGCUCUCACAGGGAGAGCCCGCAACACAGAUCAGCGACUCCAUCAUUGAGAUUGCAAUUAGUUCUGGCCAGUUUGGUGAAGGAGUCCCUCUUUCUCCAGCAAAACUGAAUGGCAGUGACAGUUCCAAGAGCCUUCCCUCCCCAUCUAGCAGUCCCCAGCCCAACUGGAUUGCCUCUCCUACCCACGAUCCCCAGUGGUAUCCCAGUGACUCCACGGACUCCUCACUUAGCAGUUUGUUUGCCAGCUUCAUCUCUCCAGAGAAGAGCCGAAAGAUGCUCCCAACUCCCAUUGGAUCUAACAGCGGCACUUCCUUGCUUGGUCCCAGCUUGUUGGAUGGAAACUCACGGGACUCUUUUGUGUCCAGGUCCUUAUCCGAUGUUGCAGAGGUGGUGGAUUCCCAGCUGGCAUGCAUGAUGAAUGAGAACAGCAUUGAUUAUAUAUCUCGGUUCAAUGAUCUGGCCCAAGAGUUGUCCAUCACUGAGCCUGGCCGCCGAGAGGCUCUGUUUGAUAGUGGUGGAGGUGGCCCUUCUGUUGGGGACCUGUCACAGUGACUGUGCCUUGUAGGGAGGGUACCCUGAAGGCUGUAGAGAAAGUUUAUUGUGCUGGUUGUCCUCACCUGUGGCAGAUGAAAUCUUCUACAUCUUAGAGGAAGAAGACAAGCCCAGAAUCCCCAGAAGACUAUUUCUGGACCCCAUGAUGUCCAGCAUCCAAGAACAGCCAUCCCAGAGCCCCAUCCCAGCAAGUAGGGACCAUAAUGAGCUACGCCAGGAUGAUCUCUGAGAAGGGCCAGUAUCAGGAACUGCCCCAUUCUUUGUCCUCCCAGGACUUGUCCUGGGGUCUGCUUGGCUAUCCUAGGUGAGAGAAGAGGUGUUCCCUUUCCUAGUUUUUGCAUCCUGGGAGUUGUAAUCCAAUGGAGAUUCUAUGCUGUUGCUUUCUGACAUUCUUUUGACCCACUUGGCCAUUCUGUUACAAUGUUGAGGGGGCCAGUGGAUAUUGGCCUGGGCUCCUGUGUAGCAGUUAUCCAUACCCUGAGAUUGCGAACAUUUCAAGAGGUGCCCUGAUCAUGGCCCAGAGAAGGGUCCCAGGGCAGUAUAAUCAAUGCCAUCUCCCCAGACUACUGCUUCUUGCUUAGUGUUUUUCCCACCAGAAGUUUUGUUCUGACUGAUACAACAGGAAGGGGAAAGGAAAUCAUGUCUUAUGCAGAUUGUAUGGAUGUUUUUCUAGGAUCCUACUAAGCUGGUUGAAAUGUUUUAUUUUGUUUUUAAGAAUUAGGAGAUAGAGGGGCCAGGGAGAUGGCUCAGUGGAAUAAGCGCUUCCCUGGCAAGCACAAGGGCCUGAGUUCAAUCCCCAGUUGGUUCCACCAAAAAAGAAUUAGGAGAUAUAGUCAAUGAAGAACAGAAUCCUCCAUUUUCCUUUCUGGGUCCCUUAUGCAGGUUCAUCCGAGGUGAACUGUUUUUCUUCCCACUGGGCUCAACCCAAAGCACUGAUAUGACUAACAGACAAAGCUUUUCUCAUCCUUUAGCCUUUUAUGAGUUACUGUUUAGCAUCUGAGACAGAUCUGUCUCUGUAGGGAAGGCUUUAUUUUCUUCAGAUCCUUCAUUUUGCUGAUGUUGGCAUCAGGUAUCCCUCACACAUUUAAUUAGUCCCUCUCAAUGCCUUUGCCUCCACAUCUGAAGGAGCUUAGUGAAGAUUUAGAUACUUAGGUAUAGUCAAAGUACAUCAACUCAUGGAUUCUGAUGACUCCCAUCUGAAACCCCAUGGUGGCCAGUUAUAACACAAGGUUAGUCCAGCGUCUAGUCUUUCCCUAAAAGGGCCCAGUGUGGGCUCCUUUUCCUCCUCAGUCUCAGGAGGUUUAAGUACACAAAUCACCAGUUGUAUCCCAUGCUAGUGGUUUGGACAGAUACUCAUGUGCCCUCUCAUUUGUUCACCCUCUAUCCAGCAGUCAGAGUUGUCAUUUCUAGCCCAUCUAAACCUGCCACCCCUUUGCUCCCCUCUUUUACUCUCUCCUCACUUUCAUAGUUCCCCUUAAAGCCAGAUGCCACCCCACUGCCUUCUGUCUCCAUCUCUAGUGAAGAAGGGAGUCAUUGUACAACAAGGGGGAAAGAUGAUUGAUAAUAGCCCUCUCCGUCCUAUUAUCUCACUGCAGGCAUCAGUAGAGGAAAUAGACCAACAGUUCUAGAAAGCAGGUUUCUUCUUUUGCCUCACAUAUUCCUCCUAGUGCUGUUCUCUUCCACAUCUUUUUUCUCUCCAUUUUUGCAGUACUAGUGAUUGAACUCUGAGGUAUUUUCCUAGCCAUUUCAUUUCAUAGACAGGGUCUGGCUAAGUUGCCCAGGAUGGGCUUGAACUUGUGAUCUUUCUUUCUCAGUCUCCCAGCGUGCUAAGAUUAUAGGUGUGUACCACCAUGCUCUACUGCUCUUCCAAAUCUUGAAAGUCUGUGCUACAGCUCCUUGACACUGUAGUCCCUAAGCUCUGAAAGUACAAAACAGAAACAUGACCCCACUUUAUUAGGAAAUAGCCAUGUUUUAACCUAUGGUGUCUUGUGUUUUAUGCCUAAUGUCAGCUCCCUGAAACUAUCACCACAUUGAGUUGAAGAUCACUGCAUCUGUGGUCUGCAAUAGGUUAGGAUGCCAGGCUGAGCUUCAGCCACUGCUAGCUUCCUUACAAUCUCAGUCUGGGACCAGGGAUACUGGCAUUGUGCCCAGUGGCCAUAUACAUUGUGCAGUUCCAAUCCCAAGCUGCUUCCUAUUAAGCACCCGUUAUCUUAUGACCUCUAAAAAGCAAAACUCCAGAGAUCAGAGUAGUAUAUAUAGGCUCUUUAUGUGGCAGGACCACAUAAAGACUGAGCUUGGGAGGUACCACCUAUAGUUGUUGUCACUUAGUGGCAGGCAGGCUAGGAAAGUAAGUAAACUCACCAUCUGUCCUGCUGUCAGUGAUGGAUUUCAGUGAUUUUUGCAAUUUCUCUAGCAGCCAGACUAGUGUUCUCAUUUGCUUGCUAUGUUAAGGGGAAAAUGCUGUCAGGUGUAGCAGAGAAAACAGGUUAUGUGAAUAUUUGUUUAUGAAAUAGGCUACUGUUAAAGGAUGAAAUUUUCAAAAGACCCAGUUGGAGAAGCUUUCCCAAUUAAAAUGCCAUUCCAGCAGAGUUGUGAUAAUAGUCCAGUGUGAACCACUGACGUCCUUUGUGCAUUAGAGCACAUGUAAUUGAGACAAGAUCGAUUUCUUAGAAAAAUCUUAACCCUAAUCUUGCUAAAGUUUCUGGAGCCUUUCUGCUGAUUUAUCUUUCUAAGGAUUGAGACCUAGCAUCUCUGGUGUCAAGAGAGGUUGGUGGUUAGCCUGUAUUGUGAAUACAGUGUGAUGAGCAUUCUAUCCUCAAGACUCCUUUGUCUUGGUCCUGUAGGGUAGAGUACCAGCCAGAGAGUGAGCAUCUUUUGGGGACAUUUCACCGAUCUGUCAAGCCUAGUUUUCCACACCUCCAAGAUCUUAAGUUUUGGACUCCUGUUCUUUUUCAUUCUGUGCAGUGGCCUCACUCCUGGAGGAAGUUCUUUUUAUCUUACUAGCAUCUAUAAUUAAGCUACACCAUCGAGUUCAAAUUUAUCCUGCAGGAGCUGGAAACAAGUGAGGAGGGAAGCAGUUAAAUCUUCAUAAACACUGAGGUCUGUAUUUGUGAGGUAAUACAGUACUUUCUCUUAAGGGGAUUAUUUUUUUUUUUUUAAUUUAAAAA